UAAUUUUGAUAGAAUAGACAACAAAAAUUAACUUAGGCUUGGCCAUUCACUCUUUUCAGCAACACUCUCCUUUAAUUUUUCUGAUUAUUUAUUUCGAUCAGUUUCCUACACCACUCCACUCCUUUACACAAAGAGAUAUCUCUCACAGAUCGAUCUCAACAUGUCUUUCCUUCAGAAAGCCAUCUCCUUUGCUGCUGUGUUUGCUUCUCUUGGAGGGGCUUAUGCCAAACUCGAUCUUUCGUCCACCUCGAAUGUGGCCAUGUACUGGGGCCAGAAUUCAUUCAAAGGACAAGGAAAGCUUGCGCAGCAGCCUUUGGCUUUCUACUGCAAUGAUGACAAGAUUGAUGUCAUUCAGCUUGCUUUUCUCAUGAACAUCAAUGGACUUGGUGGUGCUCCGGAGUAUGAUUUCCAGAAUGCGAGUGACCACUGCAAUGUGUUUGAGGGCACCAAUCUCAAGAACUGUCCCCAGGUCGGUGCCGACAUCGCUACCUGCCAGAAGAAGAACAAGACCAUCAUCCUCUCCAUUGGAGGUGCUACCUACAGCGAAGGCGGCUUUAGAUCCGAGGCUGAUGCCAUUGCUGGAGCUGACAAGGUCUGGCAGACUUUCGGUCCUCCUUCGACCAACACCUCUGCACUUCGUCCAUUUGGCAACUCCUCCGUCGACGGGUUCGACUUUGAUUUCGAGGCAAACGUCUUCCACAUGGGUCCCUUUGCGAAACGGCUUCGUGAGUUGGGAGACGCCGAUAAGACAAAGCCAUUCUUCCUGACGGCUGCGCCGCAGUGCAUGUACCCUGAUCUGGCGGAUAAAGAUAUCCUCAACGGCUCUGUCGCGAUCGAUGCGGCGUUUGUGCAGUUCUACAACAACUGGUGCGGUGUCAAUAGUUUCACCCCCGGCAAAGACAUUCAGACCAGCUUCAACUUCAUUGACUGGGACAACUGGGCGAAGAAUGUCUCCAAGAAUGGCAACACCAAGGUCUUCUUGGGGGUUCCUGCCAACACAGGCGCGGCGAGCACUGGGUAUCUCCCCGCCGACAAGCUGGAGCCGGUCAUCAAAUACAGCAAGACUUUCAAGAGCUUUGGCGGAGUGAUGAUGUGGGAUGUGAGCCAGGCCUAUGCCAAUGAGGGCUUCCUGGAUUCUGCCAAAAAGGCUCUGGGCAAGGUGCCAUCUCGCAUUCUCCGUCCUGCUUCUGGGUCACAGCCUAAUGCGUGGUACUGGGGAUGACUUACUGAAGAUGAAGUCAAAUUUUUCCUCUUUCUUCUUUGGCCAUUCUCCACUCUUCUUUUCUGUUUGCACAUACUCAUUUCAAAUACCCGUUUCCAUUAUCUCGUGCCCGGUUAGGGCUUCUGUUGUUUAUGUUUCUGGCGUGAUUGUCCACAAGGCACAUUCAAUGUCGCU